CACUCCCUCCCGGCUUGAAACCUCGCUGUUGCCGGUGAGUUAGAGGCUUUGAAGCUGAAACAGCGCAGUGGGUAAGGCGCUGGGGCUCCCUCUCUGAAGCUGUCGGUUACCGAGCCUAGUCUUUUCUCCGUGAGGAACAGGAGCCGCGGCGGCGGCUUUCCCCCAGGUUUUGGCCAGACUCAGGUCCCUGGUUAUAAAUCACCAUGGCUCAGAGAGAUGCUGACAAAUACCUCUACGUGGAUAGAAACCUCAUCAACAACCCUCUUGCUCAGGCUGAUUGGGCAGCCAAGAAGCUGGUAUGGAUCCCAUCAGAGAAGAAUGGGUUUGAGCCUGCUAGUUUGAAGGAAGAAGCAGGAGAUGAAGCCAUUGUGGAGCUUGCAGAGAAUGGGAAGAAAGUGAGAGUAAACAAAGAUGAUAUCCAAAAGAUGAACCCACCCAAGUUCUCUAAAGUGGAAGACAUGGCAGAACUGACCUGUCUGAAUGAGGCCUCGGUGUUACACAACCUAAAGGAGCGAUACUAUUCAGGGCUUAUCUAUACCUACUCAGGCCUCUUCUGUGUUGUCAUAAAUCCCUACAAGAACUUGCCUAUUUAUUCAGAAGAGAUUGUGGAUAUGUACAAAGGCAAAAAGAGACAUGAGAUGCCCCCUCACAUCUAUGCGAUUACAGACACAGCUUACAGGAGUAUGAUGCAAGAUCGAGAGGAUCAGUCCAUUCUCUGCACAGGGGAAUCUGGAGCUGGUAAGACAGAAAAUACCAAGAAGGUUAUUCAGUAUCUGGCUCAUGUUGCUUCAUCACACAAGAGCAAAAAGGAUCAAGGGGAGCUUGAGAGGCAACUGCUUCAAGCCAACCCUAUACUGGAGGCCUUUGGAAAUGCCAAAACGGUUAAGAAUGACAACUCUUCAAGAUUUGGAAAAUUCAUUAGAAUCAACUUUGACGUAAAUGGCUACAUUGUUGGAGCCAAUAUUGAGACCUAUCUGUUGGAGAAAUCCCGAGCAAUACGUCAAGCCAAAGAAGAACGAACAUUCCACAUCUUCUACUACUUGCUAACUGGGGCAGGGGAGCACUUGAAAAAUGACUUGCUAUUGGAACCCUACAACAAGUAUCGCUUCCUUUCCAAUGGACAUGUGACAAUCCCGGGCCAGCAGGACAAGGACAUGUUUCAAGAAACACUAGAGGCAAUGAGGAUCAUGAGCAUUCCAGAUGAUGAACAGAUGGGUCUGCUCAAGGUGAUCUCAGGUGUUCUUCAGCUUGGCAAUAUCGUCUUCAAAAAGGAACGCAACACGGACCAGGCUUCCAUGCCAGACAAUACAGCUGCUCAGAAAGUUUCUCACCUUCUGGGUAUCAAUGUGACAGACUUCACCAGAGGAAUUCUCACCCCUCGCAUCAAAGUUGGCAGAGACUAUGUCCAAAAAGCUCAGACAAAAGAGCAAGCUGACUUUGCCAUUGAGGCUCUGGCUAAAGCCACUUAUGAGCGCAUGUUCCGUUGGCUGGUGAUGCGUAUCAACAAGGCACUGGAUAAAACGAAGAGACAAGGAGCAUCUUUCAUAGGAAUCCUUGACAUAGCUGGAUUUGAGAUCUUUGAACUGAACUCCUUUGAACAGCUGUGUAUUAACUACACCAAUGAGAAGCUGCAGCAACUCUUCAACCACACCAUGUUCAUCCUGGAGCAAGAAGAAUACCAGCGUGAGGGCAUAGAGUGGAACUUCAUUGACUUUGGCCUGGAUCUGCAGCCCUGCAUUGAACUGAUAGAAAAACCAGCUGGCCCUCCAGGCAUACUGGCUCUGCUGGAUGAGGAGUGCUGGUUCCCAAAGGCCACUGAUAAAAGCUUUGUGGAAAAGGUGGUGCAGGAACAAGGCACACACCCUAAAUUCCAGAAGCCAAAGCAGCUGAAAGACAAAGCCGACUUCAGUAUUAUACACUAUGCUGGCAGGGUUGACUACAAAGCUGAUGAAUGGUUGAUGAAGAACAUGGACCCUCUCAAUGAUAAUAUUGCUACUCUGCUACACCAGUCCUCUGAUAAAUUUGUGUCUGAACUGUGGAAAGAUGUUGAUCGCAUAGUUGGGCUGGAUCAGGUUGCUGGCAUGUCAGAUUCAGCCUUGCCUGGUGCCUUUAAGACCAGGAAGGGGAUGUUCCGGACAGUAGGACAGCUGUACAAGGAGCAACUAGCCAAGCUUAUGGCUACCCUGAGAAACACCAACCCCAACUUUGUACGUUGCAUCAUCCCCAACCAUGAAAAGAAGGCUGGAAAACUAGACCCACACCUAGUUUUGGAUCAGCUUCGUUGCAAUGGAGUGCUGGAGGGAAUCCGUAUCUGCCGGCAGGGCUUUCCCAACAGAGUGGUCUUCCAGGAGUUCCGACAAAGAUAUGAGAUCCUGACUCCAAAUGCCAUUCCUAAAGGGUUCAUGGAUGGAAAGCAAGCCUGUGUGUUGAUGAUCAAAGCCUUAGAGCUGGACCCAAACCUUUACCGAAUUGGACAGAGCAAAGUGUUUUUCCGAGCAGGUGUCCUUGCCCACCUUGAAGAAGAAAGAGACUUGAAAAUCACAGAUGUCAUUAUUGGGUUCCAGGCAUGCUGUAGAGGCUACUUGGCUAGAAAGGCUUUUGCCAAACGCCAGCAGCAACUAACGGCAAUGAAGGUGCUUCAGAGGAAUUGUGCUGCCUACUUGAAGCUUCGUAACUGGCAAUGGUGGAGAUUGUUCACAAAGGUCAAGCCUUUGCUGCAAGUGAGCAGGCAAGAGGAGGAGAUGCUGGCCAAGGAAGAAGAGCUGGUGAAGGUGAAGGAAAAGCAGGUGGCGGCAGAAUACAGACUGACUGAAAUGGAAACUCUCCAGACACAGCUUGUGACAGAAAAGAUGCAGUUGCAAGAGCAAUUACAAGCAGAAAUUGAACUCUGUGCUGAGGCUGAGGAGAUCAGAGCCCGCCUGACAGCAAAAAAACAGGAGCUAGAGGAGAUAUGCCACGACCUGGAGGCCAGAGUGGAGGAAGAGGAGGAACGGUGUCAGCAUCUACAAACUGAGAAAAAGAAAAUGCAGCAGAAUAUUCAGGAGCUUGAAGAGCAGUUGGAAGAAGAGGAAAGUGCCAGGCAAAAGCUACAGCUGGAAAAAGUGACCACUGAAGCAAAACUAAAGAAACUUGAGGAAGAUUUGAUAGUUUUUGAUGAUCAAAAUUGCAAACUGGCCAAGGAGAAGAAAUUAUUGGAAGAUAGAAUUGCAGAAUUCACGACUAACCUAACUGAAGAAGAAGAGAAGUCAAAGAGCUUAGCUAAACUCAAGAACAAGCAUGAGACUAUGAUAACAGAGUUGGAAGAGCGAUUGCGCCGAGAGGAAAAGCAGCGGCAAGAGUUGGAGAAGACUCGCAGGAAGCUAGAGGGAGACUCUACAGAUCUUCAUGAUCAAAUAGCUGAACUGCAAGCUCAAAUAGCAGAGCUCAAAAUGCAGCUGGCGAAAAAAGAGGAGGAGCUGCAAGCUGCUUUGGCUCGGGUGGAAGAGGAGGCCGCUCAGAAGAACAUGGCCGUGAAGAAGAUCCGUGAGCUGGAGUCUCAGAUAACUGAGCUGCAGGAAGACUUGGAGUCUGAACGGGCAGCCAGGAACAAAGCAGAGAAACAGAAGCGGGAUCUGGGUGAAGAGCUUGAGGCUCUUAAGACAGAGCUAGAAGACACACUAGACUCAACUGCAGCACAGCAGGAACUCAGGUCAAAACGUGAGCAAGAAGUGACUAUUCUAAAGAGGACUCUGGAUGAUGAGGCAAAGACCCACGAGGCACAGAUACAGGAGAUGAGGCAGAAGCACGCCCAGGCUGUGGAAGAGCUGGCGGAGCAGUUGGAGCAGACCAAACGGGUGAAAGUGAACCUUGAAAAGGCAAAGCAGUCCCUGGAGGGUGAACGUGCAGAGCUAUCCAAUGAGGUGAAGGUCCUUCUGCAGACCAAAGGAGACACCGAGCACAAGAGGAAGAGGGUUGAAACUCAGCUCCAAGAGCUGCAAGUGAAAUUCACGGAGGGGGAGAGAGUACGGACCGAGCUGGCUGAGAGAGUUAACAAACUGCAGGUGGAGUUGGACAACGUCACUGGUCUUCUGAACCAGUCUGAUAGCAAGUCAAUUAAACUAGCCAAGGAUUUCUCUACACUGGAAUCACAGCUGCAGGACACACAGGAGUUGCUUCAGGAGGAAACCCGUCAGAAACUGAGCCUCAGCACCAAGCUGAAACAGAUGGAAGAUGAAAAGAACAGCUUCAAAGAGCAACUAGAGGAAGAAGAGGAGGCAAAGAGGAACUUGGGAAAACAGAUUUCUGCCUUCCAGCUUCAGAUUGCAGAUAUGAAGAAGAAAAUGGAUGAAAGCCUGGGUUGUCUGGAGUUGGUGGAAGAAGCCAAGAAGAAGCUUCAGAAAGAUUUGGAAGCCAUGACCCAACGUUAUGAGGAAAAGGCAGCUGCCUAUGACAAGCUGGAAAAGACCAAGACUAGGCUGCAACAAGAGCUGGAUGAUAUUGCUGUGGAUUUGGAUCAUCAGCGGCAGAUCGUCUCCAACCUGGAGAAAAAACAGAAGAAGUUUGAUCAGCUGCUGGCGGAGGAGAAAACCAUCUCUGCAAAGUAUGCUGAAGAGCGGGAUCGUGCUGAAGCAGAAGCACGUGAGAAGGAAACGAAAGCCCUCUCCUUGGCCAGAGCCCUUGAGGAAGCCAUAGAACAGAAGGCAGAGCUAGAGCGACUCAACAAGCAGUUCCGGACAGAGAUGGAGGAUUUGAUGAGUUCAAAGGAUGAUGUGGGCAAGAGUGUCCACGAGUUGGAGAAAUCCAAACGAGCUCUGGAGCAGCAGGUGGAGGAGAUGAAGACACAGUUGGAAGAGCUAGAGGAUGAGCUGCAGGCCACGGAAGAUGCCAAGCUGCGCCUGGAAGUCAACCAGCAAGCCAUGAAGGCACAGUUUGAGCGUGAUCUCCUGGCCCGGGAUGAACAGAACGAAGAAAAGAGGAAGCAGCUGAUCAGACAGGUGCGAGAAAUGGAAGUGGAACUGGAAGAUGAGAGGAAGCAACGCUCCAUCGCUGUGGCUGCCAGAAAGAAGUUGGAAAUGGACCUAAAGGAUCUGGAGGCCCACAUAGACUCUGCUAACAAGAAUCGUGAUGAAGCCAUCAAACAGCUCCGGAAGUUGCAGGCCCAAAUGAAGGAUUAUAUGCGUGAGCUGGAAGACACACGUGCCUCCAGGGAAGAAAUUUUGGCCCAGGCCAAAGAGAAUGAAAAGAAGUUGAAGAGCAUGGAAGCGGAGAUGAUUCAAAUGCAGGAGGAACUUGCAGCUGCUGAACGUGCCAAGCGCCAAGCUCAGCAAGAGAGGGAUGAGUUGGCUGAUGAGAUUGCCAACAGUAGUGGCAAAGGAGCUCUGGCCUUGGAGGAAAAGCGACGCUUGGAGGGUCGGAUAGCUCAGCUGGAGGAAGAAUUGGAGGAAGAGCAGAGCAAUACAGAGUUGGUGAAUGACCGCCUCAAGAAAGCAAAUCUUCAGAUUGACCAAAUAAAUACAGAUCUGAACGCAGAGCGUAGUAACGCCCAGAAGAAUGAGAAUGCUCGGCAGCAGGCUGAGCGUCAGAACAAGGAACUUAAGGCCAAGCUUCAGGAAAUGGAGAGUGCUGUGAAGUCUAAAUACAAGUCUUCCAUCACUGCUCUGGAGGCCAAGAUUGCCCAACUGGAAGAACAGCUGGAUUCUGAGACAAAGGAGCGCCAGGCUGCCAGCAAGCAGGUGCGGCGCACUGAAAAGAAGCUGAAGGAUGUUGUCCUGCAAGUGGAGGAUGAGCGGCGUAAUGCUGAGCAGUACAAGGAUCAGGCAGACAAGGUGAAUGUGCGCUUGAAGCAGCUUAAACGCCAACUGGAGGAGGCGGAAGAGGAGGCACAGCGAGCCAACGCAGCUCGCAGAAAGCUGCAGCGGGAGCUGGAGGAUGUCACUGAAACUGCGGAUGCCAUGAACCGAGAGGUCAGCUCUCUGAAGAGCAAGCUCAGGCGAGGGGAUAUACCAUUUGUUGUGACACGCCGGAUUGCCAGGAAGGGCACAGGUGAAGUAUCUGAUGAAGAAGUGGACGGCAAGGUAGAUGCUGGUGAAGCCAAAGCUACUGAAUAGAGCUGCUGCUUGGACCCAGGUUACACAUGAUGGAGUGACCCAUCCUCCCUUUGUCCAGUGGACUUCUGCAAACCCUUCUAAAACCUGCCAGGGAAAGUGGACCACAUCUGUCGAAAUGUUCCCUGGAAUAUCUGGAGCCAUCAGACGUUAGUGUCUCCCUCCCAGCGUCCAAACUCUUUUGUUUUGAAUGCCAAAGAGUCUGCAGUCUGAUCUGAGUCUGGGAGCUACAAAUGCCUGUAGUUUAUUGUCCUUGCCAUGGCUGCCAGUGAAUUUAUGUAGUUUGGCAAGGGGAUGGGGGGAGAGACUACUUUUUGUUGCUGUAAAUCAACUAUUUUCUUCCAAUAAUGUUUUUGUGAUAGAUGCAGGGAUCUCCCUUUCCCCUUCCUCUUGUUUGCUUUUGGCAAUCAUGUUCAGUGACCUCACACUUUUGACCUCUUCAGUCUGCCCACCUAGCCAAUUUGGGAGUUAUGUUGAAGGAUUCCCAGCACAACUCCCAAAUGUCUUCAAAGAACAUAUAGUGGAUGGAUGAAGGGGGAGGAAUCUUCUCCUAGAAGAAACUUGGCCAAAUUGAUCCCUCCCUGUGGCUAAUUUCUGGACAGAUCUGAAGUGCAAUGGUGUCUGUGUUAGUGUCUCUGGCUUUGUGUUUAAGAUGGUGUGAACCAUUAGUUAGUGAUGGGCCAAGGAAGCAGUAAAGCUUUCUUGUGUGCUUAUUGGAGAAUUUAUUUGGGACCAAAUAUAUUUAACGGUAACAGACGGAAUCUAGUGGAUUUGAAUGGAGUGUGGGCAAGGAAGUGCUUCUUUAUUGUAAUGUCCAAGCCUCUAGCUCUAUAAUCGGGGGAUGGGUUUAGUUAUUCUGCACAGUGACUAAGAGUAUAUUAAAGAAGAAGAAAAACUUUUAAUCUGCACAGAUUAUAUGUUGAAGGCCUUUGUAUCUCUUGUUUAUAUAAGUAAUUAAGAAAAAUAAAGGUCUUUAUCACUGCCUUUCUAUGGGGACUGCGGUUAUAUAGAUAGUCUUUACUUUUCUACACCGUACACUGGUUGCUGGAUUUACCUGUAUACUUAACCAUAUUGUAUAUGCUGCAUUUAGACUUCUGAGCAAAUGACAAAUUAAAAUAAGAAUCUCCUAUACUGUAUGGUUAUUGCUCUCACUGUGGGAGCCUCCUGUCCCAGAAAUAAAUCUGCAAACUUUUUUAUAUAAUAAGUGCCUUAGCAUGUGCCUGAGCUGUGUCUCCACUACAGUCAGUAAUGGAUUACCGGUGCUGUUCUAACAAUAAAGAUUAUCCAUGUG